UCAUGCCUUGAAGUGUGCGCGUGCAUGAGAAGAGUGAUCGUUCGUUCCCUUGUAAGUUUGCACUGCACUUGUUGUAACCGGGCUGGCGGAUGCUUAAGGAAAGAAUCUGUCCUGUAAAAGAGAGGAGAGGAAACGGAAUAAACGGGUUGAAGCUGAAAUUAUGUGAUGUUUCUUUAAAAAUGACAGAGAUUAUUCAUCCUGACUUUGGCUGUAUCUGCUCCAUGACAUACCAGACAUGACCCUCUUACAGCACAGAUAAAUCUGCAUCCUCCAGCCCUUCACCUCCUCUGGUUAUCACUCCAGCCACAGAACAUAAGAUGGAUGAAAUAGAUGCUGUGAAAUUCAAGCCCUUGGUAGAAGAUUCAAAUUUCCCGUUGACAUACUCUGCUGACAUCAUCAGUAUUGACGAUGGACUUUAUAAUGCGGUACGUGAGGAUCUGGAAGCAGAUGCUCGGGACUUUGAGGCGCCCACCUGGAGUUUAGCUGUUGACCAGCAAUAUUUAAAAGACUUUUCCAAAGAGGACAUUAAAAGACAGGAUAUAAUACAUGAGCUGAUUCAGACAGAAAUAAACCAUGUGCGGACGCUAAAGCUGGCUUUGGGCAUAUACAUGCGGGAACUGCGUGAGACCCUGCAAAUGGAUGAGACCCAGCUGGAAAGACUGUUUCCACAGAUGGAUAGCCUGCUGCAGGUGCAUCAGCUUUUCCUCAACCGUCUUAAACAGCGAAGAAUCGAUUCCUUGGUGCCAGGCAGUUCCCAGAAUUACUACAUCCAUAGAAUUGGAGACAUUCUCAUGGCACAGUUUUCAGGUGAAAUGGGAGACAGACUGCAACACUGCUAUGGAGUGUUUUGCAGUCACCACACCGAUGCAGUCAACUUCUACAAAGACUUAAUGCAAAACAACAAGAAGUUCCAGAGUUUUAUACGAAAAGUAUGUCAGCUGUCUAUUUUGCGGAGAUUAGGAAUACCAGAGAUUAUUCUCCUUAUAACACAGCGUAUCACAAAGUAUCCAGUUUUGUUUGAACAUGUCAUUAAAUACACUAAAGUUGACUCAGAGGAGCAUAGGAACCUUGUACAAAGUCUGGAACUGCUGAAAAACACCAUCUCACAAGUAAAUACCCACGUUGAUGAGUUUGAGAAAGCAGCACGGCUGAGGGACUUGAGCAGUAAGCUGGAGCCCAAGUCCCUGGUCAAGAUGACCCACAGAAGAGUGUUCCGCAGAGAGGACAUGCUGCAGGGUGAGAGGAAGCUGCUUCAUGAGGGCGUUCUCAACUGGAGGCUGACUUCUAACAAAAGCAAAGAUGUCCUUGUCUUGCUGCUGUCAGAUGUUUUGCUGCUGUUACUAGAGAAAGAUCAGCGACUUACCUUUGCCUCUCUGGACGGUAAGCCUGCGGUGAUCUCACUGCUGAAGCUCAUUGUGCGUGAUGUGGCUCAUGACGAGAAGGCCUUGUUUCUGAUCUCAGCCUCCUCAGACCCUCCAGAGAUGUAUGAGUUUCACACCUCCUCUGGAGAGGAGCGCAAAACCUGGAGAGACCAAAUCUGGAAGGCCGUGGAACGCUGUCCUGAAGAAGAGAAAGAGGAGCCAGAAGAACUUCUUGAGAGGAUCCAAGACUUUCAAAGGAUUCUUUGUGUGUGUGAUGCCAAAAUCGAGCUGCAGCUUAAAGAGAAGCAGAGUUUAUUCUCCAGCAUUGCAGCCUAUGUGACCGGUGUUACCGACAUCUCACCAACUGAGCGCCAUCUGCUGCAUGGGCCCCUGCAGGGGGAACAACUUCUCAUUGGAGCCAUAAAAGAUGCGGAGAUUUUACAGAACUUGCUGGUAACAUGUGAGCAGGGCCAAACUCCUUCCUCUGGAGAGUUGAUGGAUCUGGUCCCAUUAUACAAGAGACCCGAUGCUUUCACAGGCAUUGACAGUGAUGCCUGCAUGCUGCCAGGAACUGAUAUUGAUAGUUUACCUGAAUACCUGGAGCUGUCGGCAGAUGAGGAGAUACCUCUACAGAGCUGGAGUGCAUAUCCUUCAGGCUUCUUUCCUAAAACAGUGCUUUAUGACACUGUAACUAAAUUGUCUCAGAAGCUUUACAGCCUUCAGUCCCUCGUCCAGCAGCUAGAGAGCCACAUAAUGGUUCAACGCGCCACUAUUGAGGAGCUGAUGUCCCGACCCCGGGGCAAUACUCUCUUGGAAAAGGAAAAGCAUCGGAACCUGGAAAAGCAGCGCGAGGAGCUGGCCAACUUCCAGCGGCUCCAGAAUCAGCACCGACAGGAGCAGGUCCAGUGGGAGCAGGAAAGAGAGCAGCAGAGGGUGCAGGCAGAGAUCAGGGAGAAGGAGCUGAGGGAUAGAGAGCUGGAAUGCAGCGAACGGGAAAAAAAGCUGGCGGUGGAUAAACAGGUCCUGGCCAGUGACAAAUCAGAAUACCAGGAGCGUCUGGAGCGGCUCCGAGACUCCACGCGCUCUGUAGAGAAGGACAAAGAAAAGCUGGAGAAGGACAGAGAGAAGCUAGAGAAGGACAGAGAAAGGCUGGAGCAGCUGGAGAAGAAGUAUAAGAAAAAUGAGAAUGUACUGAACACUGCAACCUUUCCCAUAGAGAAUGAAUGGAUACAGCUACCUCCACCUUACUCUGUAUUGAAUAUGGUUACUCCCGGCUUCAACGAGAAGCCUCCUCUGGUACCACCACGCAGGGAGAGCAUCCCCAACCUUUCAGUUAAACCAGAAGUGCCCAUACACCUCAAUAGCACCACCAACCAAUUCCACAAAGCCAGCUCUGUCCAGCAGAAGAUCCCCACCAAGCUGGCUGCCCAAACUAAAGUCAAGGAGAAGCACAGCAAGCAAAGGAACUCCCACCAUCGCACCAAGAGCGCAGCUGGCAUAGAGGUGUCUCAGGUAUUUCCCAUAACAGGUCUAGGAAAGGAAGGAGGCAGUUUACGAGCCAUGAAAUCCAAAAGUCCCAACCGGCUCCAUCCAGAUAUGUUUGUCCAACCAGAGCAGUUUUCCAGCGCCGUACCCUCUCAAUCAGGAAAUUACAUCAGGAAACACAGCCACAAUCAUAACACACACAGUACCCAGCCAGGACACAGUAAAACCAAAGACAACACAACUGCAGAAGACAUAUUUUUCUUUUAAUAACC